AUGCUCGCAGUCGAACGCCCCACGCCUCCGGAGACUAUCUCUGACAUGUCAGACAGCCGGGUCGAUGAGAAGCCUGAGCACACUGGUCCCGAUGUCAUUCAGCCUCACCCGCUCAUUGAUGAGCUUCUUCCACAGCAGCUAGGCCGUGGUGUCCUGAUUCCCCUGAAGACGACCCUGGAGAUCCGACAGGACCACACGAUCGUCCAGGCCUUGCUCACCAGAGCUCCUGCCAAGUCCACCAACGAUGUCGUCAACCUUCUCCGCUCGAUGCUCCCUGAGGGCGUAGCUAACAGCUUGCCUCAUCUGCGACGGUGCGCGAAGCCUGCCGAUAUCCCGGCUCACCUGAAGACCCAGUUCAUGAACGACUCGCCCGAGGGUCGCCAAGUUCAUACUGGCAAGUCAACCUGGAUUUACAUCAUGCUUGGCGAGGAGAAGGACUUUGACAGGGAGAAGUUGGUUGCAUCAUUGACUGCGAUUGAGGGCAUGGACGAGAACUUCUUCCUCACCAGCAUCCCCAUCCCCCUGGUCCCUCCCACCUCCCAGGUCCAGGCGGCCAUGUGGACGUCGCAGUUCUGGCCUACGGUCUACAGGAAGAACAACCCCCUCGGUCCCCACCCUAGCAUGGUGGGACGCUCUACUGAUAUCAUCCGGGACGAGACGUCUCUGUGGAUGUCUCUCGCUCACCGUGUCGCUCAGCAGGCCAAGCAGAAGGGCGUCGGAGAGCCCAUGGGAGCCGUCAUCGUCCAGCGUGAAGGCGGAAAAUCAGAGCUUGUAGCGGUUGCCGGAGAUGCUCGUUGGCACCAGGAGCCCAACAAACGCGGUACCGGCAACCCCAUGGCCCACUGUGUUCUCAGAGCUAUCAGCAUGGUUGCGCAGAAACUCGUUCGGGCUGAGCGACGGGCAGCCGGACGCUCCAACGAGUCACCUCUGCUUACAUACGACGCCUUCCAAGACAGGCCUCUUCUUGAGGCUGAGAAGGCCAUCUUCGACGACGAGCACCCCAACACGGACGGCUACCUGUGCCAUGGCAUGGAGAUGUACCUGACCCAUGAGCCUUGCGUCCAGUGCUCCAUGGCCAUUCUUCAUUCACGCAUGGGGAAAGUCGUCUUCGCACACCGAACGCCGCUUACCGGAGGCAUGUGCUCAGAAGACAGGGACCACGGCCACCCUGAGCUGGCGGGCUGCGGUGGCGGAGAAGGUCUCGGCCUGUUCUGGAGACGCGAACUGAACUGGAGCUUGCUGGCUUGGGAGUGGGAAUCGAGCGACUGUGUGGGACCUUUGCCGCCGGUUGAUCACAGAGUCCAUGCUUAG